CAGUGAGCACAGACUCUGAGCCUCACUUGCAGUCCGUGAAUGACCUCCUCACCGCUGUUUCAGGUGCCAGUGCCGUUUGCGGAGAUGGCUGUGGAUUCUUCUGAGGCAGACCAGGUUCUGCUGGUGGACUCCUGGACUGGGCAACUCUGCAGGGAAUCCACGGAACAGCAGGACGAAGAGGCAAGAUUGCUGAGUAACGAGCCAGUGUGGGAGAAUGAGAUGAAUCCCAUUCACCAGCAAGAGCCUGAGCCAGUGGAACUGAAUGACACAUCUCUGACAAGGGACAAGGAUUUCCAAUACUGUAAGAGGGGAGCAAUAUUUAGAAGUCAGCAGGAACAGAUGAACAAACAGGGAAACAACUUUGAGAAGAGUGUGGACAGAUCCGUUUUCUGUGUGGAAGAUAGCCAAGAAGAGGGAAAAUCUACAGAACAGCAAAGAACUCGGUACAGUGAGGCACAAAACACAUCUUCUAACCAGGGAAGAAACUUUGGACAGAGUUCGGACCUUAUGAAACAUCAGAUCAUAGGUACACGAGAGAAACUGUACAUGUCUUCAUAUUGUGGAAAUAGCUUCAAUCAGGCACAGGACCUUACUGCAAAGGAGAGAACCCAUUCCGGACUGCGACACACGUAUAAAUGCUCCCACUGUGGGAAAAGCUUCAGUUGCAUCUCAAGCUUUAAGGAACACCUGAGAAUUCACACCGGAGAAUCUCCGUAUAGAUGCUCCCACUGUGGCAAAACCAUUGGCCAUUCCUCAGUCUUACGGGAACACGUCAGAACGGACACGGGAGAGAAGCUGUACACCUGCUCUGACUGUGCGAAGAGCUUCAACCAAAAACGCUACCUGACGGUACACGAGAGGUUGCACAGAGGGGAGAACCCAUACAAAUGCGUCCACUGCGGGAAAAGCUUCCCCAAGAGGUCCAAACUUGUCAUACACGAGAGGAUCCACACGGGAGAGAAUCCAUUCGUGUGCUCGGAAUGUGGGAAGGGCUUCAACCAGAAGGGGAACCUCAUGACCCACAUGCGCUUGCACACGGGGGAGAAGCCAUACAAAUGCGCCCAUUGCGGGAAGCAAUUCAGUCAGAAAGCGGGCCUCAGUGCCCACGAGAAAACCCACACAGGACGUAAAAGGGCUGUUUAACACAGGUGUAGAGAUGCGAAGGCCUG